CUGGGUUGCCAUGACCCAAGAAAAUAGCACUGAAGUGACUGAGUUCUUUCUUCUGGGACUUGGUGCCCAACACAAGUUUCAGUAUGCUCUCUUCGUUGUAUUUCUAGUCAUCUAUGUGACCUCUAUGGUGGGUAAUAUCGGAAUGAUUCUGCUCAUCAAGACAGAUUCCAGACUUCGAACACCCAUGUACUUCUUCCUACAACAUUUGGCUUUCGUUGAUAUCUGCUAUACCUCUGCUAUCACUCCCAAGAUGCUGCAGAACUUCAUAGUAGAAAAUAUAUCAAUAUCAUUCAGGGGCUGUGUUAUGCAAUUAUUGGUUUACGCAACAUUCGCGACCAGUGACUGUUACCUCCUGGCUGCUAUGGCAGUGGACCGUUAUGUGGCCAUCUGUAACCCACUUCACUAUUCCAUUGUCAUGUCCCGAAGAGUCUGCAUCCACUUGGUAGCUGGUUCAUAUGUCAUGGGCUCCAUAAAUGCUUCUGUGCACACAGGUUUUACAUUCUCAUUGUCCUUCUGCAAGUCCAAUGCCAUCAACCACUUUUUUUGUGAUGUUCCACCAAUUCUCGCCCUUUCAUGCUCCAACACUGACAUCAACAUUAGGCUACUUGCUGUCUUUGUGGGAUUUAACUUGAUGUCCACUGUGCUAGUUGUCAUCUUUUCCUACAUCUCUAUCAUGAUUGCCAUCCUAAAGAUGUCUUCUACCACAGGGAGGAAAAAGGCCUUCUCCACAUGUGCCUCCCACCUGACAACAGUCACCAUUUUCUAUGGAACCCUAUCAUACAUGUACCUACAGCCUCAUUCGAAUAAUUUCCAGGAGAAUAUGAAAGUGGCUUCUAUAUGUUAUGGCAUUAUGAUUCCCAUGUUGAACCCUCUGAUCUAUAGUUUGAGGAAUAAGGAAGUAAAGGAAGCUCUAAAAGUGAUAGGGAAAAAGAUCCUCUAG